CUAGCUUCACCACGGAGGCGGCGCCUCUCCCUCGGGGCAGACUCUGCUGGGCGGGCGUGGGGCGCAGCGCUCGGCCCCGGGCGGUGACUGACAGCAGCGGCUUUAGGCGAGCGCGGUCCCUGCUUGCGCGCACCCGCUCGCCACCCGCAGGGACCCACGGCCACCGGCUAUCCGCUGACACACAGACACGGAGACCCGGGAUCGGCACUCGCUCCUCGGGCACAAGCUCCCGAUCCCCGGGCGACGUGGGACGUGGACUGGAAGCUGCACGCCCUCCCUGCGGAGUCUGUCCCGAGCCGAGCUGCAGCACGUAGCCCGGUGGCCAGGCCCCGCCAAGAGCAGUUUCCCGCAGCGUGAAGGGGCUGGAGUCCGGACGGUUUGGGUGGUCCUGCUAGGAAACACCCUCCAAGGGCCUGUGGGAGAGAGCACCUGCCUCAGAGGCUGAAGUGGGUCUGCCGGAGACCCCUGCAUCUUGCCUUAAAGGUGACAGGCUGGACCCGAUCUGCUGGAGCGGUUUGCCAAGACCUGGGCUACGAGGUCUGUGCCCACUGCCACCAGGGGAGACCACAGGGAGACCUGGACAUGCCCCUUGUUUCCAGAGGAGACUGAAACUCACAAUGAGCAGGCCCUAGCCACCUUGGGGCUGACCAGCGGCUGCUCUGAGUGGGAGGCGAGCGGGCUGGCCUGAGCCUCCUUUCUGGCUGAGAAGCAUCCAGGCCAACGUCAUGCAGGCCUCCCUGGCCACCCUUCUUCUGCUGCCGAUGACCACCGCCAUGCACUUCAACUGCAUCUUGAAGGAGGAGAAAGCCAUGUGUCUGGAGAAGAUCCAGAGGGAGAAAGAGCAGAUGGGCUUCAAUGACUCCUCCCCAGGCUGCCCCGGGAUAUGGGACAACAUCACGUGUUGGAAGCACGCCCAAGUGGGCGAGAUGGUCUUCAUCACCUGCCCCAAGUUCUUCCAGAUCAUCUAUCCAGACCAAGUCUGGGAGACAGAAACCAUCGGAGACUUUGAUUUCACAGACAUUAACUCCUUGAAUCUCUCAGGCAUGCGGGUGAUAGGCCGGAACUGCACGGAAGAUGGCUGGUCAGAGACUUUCCCUCAUUAUUUCGAUGCCUGUGGGUUUGACGAGGGAUAUAAUGAGACCGGGGACCAGGAUUCCUACUACCUGUCGGUGAAGGCUCUGUACACAGCCGGCUACAGCACGUCCCUCGUGUCCCUCACCACUGCCAUGGUCAUCUUGUGUCGCUUCCGGAAGCUGCACUGUACCCGCAACUUCAUCCACAUGAACCUGUUUGUGUCGUUCAUGCUGCGGGCCAUCUCCGUCUUCAUCAAGGACUGGGUCCUCUAUGAGGAGCACGACAGCAGCCACUGCUUCAUCUCCUCGGUGGAAUGCAAAGCUGUUAUGGUUUUCUUUCACUACUGCGUCGUGUCUAACUACUUCUGGCUGUUCAUCGAGGGCCUGUACCUCUUCACUCUGCUGGUGGAGACCUUCUUCCCCGAGAGGAGAUACUUCUGCUGGUACACCAUUAUUGGCUGGGGGACCCCAACCCUGUGCGUGUCAGUGUGGGCUGUGCUGAGGCUCUACUUUGAUGACACAGGCUGCUGGGACAUGAAUGACAGCACAGCUCUGUGGUGGGUGAUCAAAGGCCCCGUGGUUGGCUCCAUCAUGGUGAACUUUGGGCUCUUUGUUGGCAUCAUCUUCAUCCUUGUGCAGAAACUUCAAUCUCCAGACAUGGGAGGCAAUGAGUCCAGCAUCUACUUAACAAAUUUAAGCCUGGGAGUCCCCAAGAAAGCCCGAGAGGACCCCCUGCCUGUGCCCUCAGACCAGCAUUCACUCCCUUUCCUCAGCUGCGUGCAGAAAUGCUACUGCAAGCCAGAGCGGGCUCAGCAGCACUCUUGCAAGAUGUCAGAACUGUCCACCAUUACUCUACGGCUGGCCCGGUCCACGCUGCUGCUCAUCCCUCUGUUUGGGAUCCACUACACGGUAUUCGCCUUCUCCCCGGAGAACGUCAGCAAGAGGGAGAGGCUGGUGUUUGAGCUGGGGCUGGGCUCCUUCCAGGGCUUUGUGGUGGCCGUUCUCUACUGCUUUCUGAAUGGGGAGGUGCAGGCGGAGAUCAAACGUAAGUGGCGGAGCUGGAAGGUGAAUCGCUACUUCGCCGUGGACUUCAAGCACCGGCAUCCAUCCCUGGCCAGCAGCGGGGUGAACGGGGGCACCCAGCUCUCCAUCCUGAGCAAGAGCAGCUCCCAGAUCCGCAUGUCCGGCCUCCCGGCCGACAACCUGGCCACCUGAGCCCCCCUCCACCCUCCUCACCUCCACUCACAGGCUAGGGCUGCAGGUGGGCGCCAGCCACGCAUGUUGUGCCUCUUUUCUCCCUUCGGGCAGGCCCUGGGCUGCAAGCUGGGCUCCCCGAGGGGGGAGAAGGAUGCAGGAGAAGAUGGGUAUGUCCCCCCUCUUCCUGUUUGGUCGCUGGCCCCACCCACCAUGGGCCUCUGGGCCCUGAGCCCAGACAUGUAAAUACUCAAAUUUGGAACAGUCGUCCCUUCCUGAUCCUUUUGUCCAGUGUCCCUUUCACUUCAAUCUGGUCCCAGCUCCCCCUACUCCGUUGCCAUCUGGCCUGUGGUGAGGCUGAAGACCUUGCUCUGGGGAUUCAGGUGGGGCCUGCCUGACAGCCUCUGGACUGUGACUCUCCGUGUGGCCUCCUCCAGUCAGCUCAUCCCCCCUGGGGUCCUUCCCAGGCCUGGGCCAGUGUCGGGGGCCAGCCAGAGGUGCCACGUGGGUGGCCAGAGCAUCCUUCAGUGCAAACCAGCCAUGAAGGUCUCCCAUUUGUGGUGUCCGAGUGCCUAGCUCCUUGGUGUCAGGCUCGUGGGGCAGCUUCAGGCCUCUUCCCCUCUGAGGCUGCAGUUUGAGUGGGGGCUGAAGGUCAGGGAAAGUUCUGGUGCUUUUCAUUUGGCCCACGGGAAAUUGCUGUGAGCCGGAAAUGCGGAUAUGAUCCGGAAGGACAUAGAGGGACCUGUGGAAGAAGACCUUCACCAUCUCCAUUAUUGUCCCUCUAGCUCACAGGGGCCAGGGGUCAUCUGGUAGCCGCUUUUUUGCCCCUCCUGCCCCAGGCAUCAGUUGUAGAAGGUGAGAGGUGGGUGCCUCAGAGAAACUGCCCCCCAGCCACUCCAUAGAAUCCCUAAGCCCUCCCAACCCCACUUUCCCAUAAGUCAAAGCCAUGACUGGGACAAACCAGACACCUUCCAGUGAUGUCAGUGAAUCCUUACACCUCCAUGGUCCCAAGUCCAGGGCUCAGGGCCCCUCCCCACCCCCAGCACUACCCCCAUGGACGAUGAGGAGCCCCAGUCACCAGGUCCUUGGGCUUGGUUGGACUCAGCUACUAAAACCCUUCUGAGACCUCUGCAAAGACCACCCUCUGUGUGCUCUUGGAAUCACCACGGAAGGACAAAGGUGUCCAAGGUGUCCCAGAUGCUGAAGGGAAGCCACGUCCACCAGGCCUGUUAGCGGAAGAGUGGGGCACCCCAGCGCCUGUCCUGGGUCCCCAUAGCCAGCCUGAGACUAAAACAGGCCAGAACCCUGUUCCAGGAGGUGGAGGAAAGGGCUGGAAUGCCAUGCCCUAUGUGGGGGGCCGGCUUCAUACCAUCAGCUUUUGGUAUUCCCAUCCAAGUGUGUCUGUGAACUUGUUUUGUGACCACGUUGGGGGAGGGGAAUGUUGGUUUGCCUGGUUUUGGAAAGAGGAAGGGGGCUGGGGGCUGGUGGGGCUGCUCAUUUCUGGAGAGGCCUCCAGGGUGACUGGAGAAGGGCUUCGCUGCACAGUUUAGAGAACUAUGGACCCUGGGUCUUUGGCAAGGCUGGAGGAGGAAGGGCAUUGCCUGGGCAGUCUGCGGCUGAGGCUGGCCAGGGGCGUGCAGCGGUCCUUCCAUCCAGCACCAGGCCUUGUGAGAUCCCUGUGACUGCAGUGGGUGUUCACUGGUCACCAUGCACUUUGGGCCCUGCUGAGGGGCCUGGGCUGCUUGGCAGGGGCCACAGGCUGGGAUUCGAAGACAGGAUCUUCCUGGUCCGCCUCAGACCAGGAGACCACAGACUGCACUCCUUGUCUGGGCCCCAGUUUCCCCACUGGUGAGGGGAGGGGCCUUCGGAUGCUGCCUCGGGCUCUGCACGUCUGCCAUUCUCCAGUUAGGGUCUGAGGCAGGGAAAGGGCAUGUGUCAUAUGUAUCAGCCAAGGUUUUGAUGUGUAUGUUUGUAUGUGUGUAUGGGGGGGCACUGUUUAUUCUUAGAAAUGGAAUGUCUGUCCCUUUUGUUUGGACACCACAGUGGGCGCUGGUGAGCCAGAGGGAAAGGUUGGGCCCAGAACCACUGAAUAGGUGCCUUGGCAUGGUGUGCAGCCCUCCCUGGCCAGAGCCCCAGGGUGCUGUGACUGGGUGGGCAGUGGUCACUUCCAAAUUCCGAAAGCAGCCCCAACUAUGGGCCUUAUAUUUUCAUCCUUGCCACUCAACGGGUCUGCCGUACUGUGGAAGAGGCUUGGACUUUUUAUCCAGAGACCAUCACAAAACAGCAGAAAUCAAAAAUCCCUGAACCGCACAUGCUGCCCAUCUGAGCCCUGGGCCUGGGUCCUCUUGGAGGCUCCAGGUUCCCAUUGGUUUGCCAGUUUGCUUUUCUCUCCAAACCGACUCCUGCCAGGCUUGUGAGCAGCUGUGCCAGCCGCACUCUCCAUGUCCCAGGUCCCAGGUCGGGCAGGGGCCUUCGAAAGCACAGACGACGGGAGGCCAGCAUGAAGUCUGGGUGAACCCUUCCCUCUCUGAUCUUUUGUUUCCAAAUCUGUGAAAUGGGCAGUGAGACUGGAUGAUUCGUGCAGCCAGGGCACCCUGGGGGCUCUGUCCAAAAGCCAGUUGCCUACUGAGGACGGGCCCUGGGCACAGACGUGGUCAUUGCCUGGACCUGAGAGGAUGAGAAAGCACACGGAGUGAAGGGAGGCCGAGGGCCCAGGAGAGUGUAGGCUGGAGAGGAGUAGAGGCCCGACUGCCUGACUCUAGGAGGUCAUGAUCACAAAGGAAGUUACAUUUCUUCCCUGCAACCCCAGAGGACACAGUGCACCCAGGGGAGGCCCAGUGCUCCUGGAAGGAGGAAGUAUCUCAUCCUCUGCCUUGGGCGCCUCAGCGUGGCAGUGUCGAGAAUGUCCCCAGCCCUGGGGGAGGUGGGACUCCAAGUCAGGGAUGCUGAGGCUGUCAGGGAGCCCAGGAGGGGUCAGAGUGUGAGGUUUGGGGGGGUUCAGUGGCUCCCUAGCACUGCAGACUUCAUGACUGUCCCCAUGUCCCGAGGCCAAGCCACAUUCUCUGUCUUGGUGACCCUUCUUGACAUACCUGGGGGCCUGUGGUGAUUCCUUCUCCAGUCUCUGAACUCCCUGUACUGGUGACUCUGGGGACCAAGCCCAGGGAGCUGGAGCCAGGCCCAAGGCUUGCCCUACACCUGAGAGCCUACAGCAGGAGGCUGCUGACCCUUUCCCUUCCUGAAGGAAAGCAGAAGAGGCUUCCUUUGUUGUUCUGGGGGUACCCCUGACCCCCUUAAAGCCGCUCCAGAGUGAGAACAGUGAGUGUUGUCACUGUAAAUUUCUACUUGAGCAGAGGGCCUAGGUUUCUCCCAGUUUUGCGACUGACCUGUUUGACCUUGACUCCUUCUCCAUGUACCUGGGGUAACUCCACGCACUACAGCAGGGGAAGAAGUUGAGAUCUGCAGGUCAAUCCUCCCCAUUGGGCUUACGAAGAAACACUGGCAGGCCUAGUCUGGUGCCUGCUGCCAAGCUGGGGCCCAGUGUGCUUUGCAGAUAUGAGGACAGGGCCCGCCCACAUGUGCCCAGCCCAGCACAGGAGCCCAAGCGAGACCCUCAGGAAAGCUUCUGUGAACAUGGUCAGCCCUGUGCAGCUCUCAAGGGGCUCUGGCUGCAGAGGUUGUUAGCGCUCUGGAGGACAGGAGAGGUGAUGGAGCCACCGCCAUUCGGGGGACCUGCCUGCUGCCCUGGGCCUCAGCUCAUGCUCUGUGCACCAGGGCUGAACCUCUCUGGGCCUCUGCUUCCUAAUCUAAUAAUCAGGAGGGCGUGAUUUGCAUUCAGUCCUGUGGGACAGGGAUGGGGUUGAAGUGAGAUGCCCUGCGGGUGAAUGGGCUUUGGUCACCACACAGGUGUGGGCUGGCGAUUGGGGUGAAGACCCCUGCAGGGUACCCUGUGCUGUUUGCCAAAUGCUUGGAGCCCUUCUGGGUUAAGUUUUGUCCCAUCUGUAAAAACCACCAGCACUGGAGGGAAGGUGGAGGUCAGGCCUCUGAUGGACACAGGACUGCAGGUCUGUCUCCGUCCACUGACUCGGUUUGUUCUUGUGGUUAGGAUAAGGAGGCUUCCGUGUGGGUAAUGCCAGCAUUUCCCUGCCACCUCCAUGGAAAUCCUUUAAAGCUUUGGGUUGUCCCUCCAGUGGGCCGAGCCCCCAGUCCUCCUUUCCUUGAACUUAAGUCCUGGGAUGUGUCUGUGCUUGGUCAUGUGCGUCUUGUCCUGUGUCCGUCUUCUGUAGCUCUGCCCCCAUGAGGGCUGGGGCAGGGCAAGCCCUGGCAUUCCCAGGUCCCGCAGGUCAGCCGGGCAGCCUGGGUUUCUUCCCCCACAGCCAAGACCACCUCACAGACCUCCUGCUCCCGCCGCCGCCAUCAAUGCUGUGCACACAACCUUGUCUGGGACUUUACGGACGUCACACUGCUGUAGAUGACUCAAUAAAUGUCUUAUCAUUUU